AUGCCAAAAGAAGACCGUUCAAGUUUUAUUCUUCAAGGUUUCGAACCAUCCGCUGUUCGACUUAAACGUAAUAUCGUUGAAUGGAAAGAAUCAACAAAUAAUUCCAAAGAACAGUUCAAUCAUCAAAUAUUGUUAUCAAAUGAAAAUUUUGUUCUUGGUAUUCCUCGUCUACGUCAAAUUCGUGUUGAUGAUACUCAUUGUCAGAUCAUUAAAGAUCUUAGCGUGCGACCAAUUAGGUGUUAUGCACCUUAUCAUAAAUCUAAAGAAUAUCGAGAUAAAUUCAUCACAGUUACAGGCUUUCAGUAUGAAUAUACAUCACCAAAGAUAACAGCUGCAUUAGAAUUAUUGAACGCCUAUGGACCUUAUGAUACUGGUGGUUUUAUUUAUCAUUUUCGUCCAACGAAAGAUUUAAAUGAUAAAGCAAUUAUAAAUUUGAAAAAAAGUGCUUGGUUAGAUUUAAGUACACGAGCAAUUUUUAUUGAAUUAAUCUAUUUCAAUCCAAAUAUUGAAUUACUUACAUCAAUUAAUAUUCUUUUUGAAUUUCUUACAACUGGUACAGUUCAAGUACGAGAUUUCUUCUACACCGUUCCAAUCAAUAGUUUUUUCUUCGGUCGAAAGAAAUUAUUAGGCAUAUUUCAAAUAUUAUUUAAUCUAUUCUAUAUUAUAUUUGCUUUUUAUUAUGUUGGUAAAAUAGCUGAACAUCGUUUAUGGUUUAUUAUGUCAUCUUUUUGGAAUCUUUAUGAUCUUGGUCUACUUAUUCUAUUUACUAUUUCAUUCUACUUUGACAUUAAAUUUCUUAUGUAUAUUUCACAAACUUUAAAAUGUUUUUCGAUACCGAAAAAUGACAUUUUCAAAGAAUUGAUUUAUUUCAUUGAAACACAAAUCAAUCGUAUCGAUUUACAAGCAUAUAUAGCAGCAGCUGUUCUCAUUCGUCUACUUCGUUACUUGCCUCAUUUUUCGAAUUUAAUAGCAAACUUACUCGAUGUCUUCUACAAAUCAAUUAAAAACUCACUUGGUUUUCUUUUUCUAUUUUUUCUUAUAUUUAUGUCAUUUGUGAUUUUUGCAACAUUCCAUUAUGGCGAUGAAUUAUAUGAAUUUCAUACUUUUGCUUUAACAUCUUACACACUUAUUCGUUGUACACUCGGUCAAUUUGAAUAUGAUCGUGCCUAUCGUGUUUCACCAACAUGGACUCCUAUUUUUUAUAUGGUAUAUGUAUGUGUUGUAUUUUUUGUUUUACUCAAUUUAUUAGUUGCAGUUGUGAACGAAGCAUAUGUUUUGGGUAAACAAGAACAAAAGCAAAUUGAAGAUGAUCUUCAAGAAGAAUAUAUUCAUGGAUCAAAUAAUGAAGGAUUAAAUGCUUUUCGUCGUUCUAGACGUCCAUUACUUCAAGCUGCAUUUAUUCGACAAAUAAAUCGUUUUCUUAAUUUUUUUUUAAACAAAUCUAUUGAUCUUAAUGAUAAUACUGAAAUACGAACAGAUGAUCAAGAUGAUGAAAUAUCAUUAGACGAAAAACAAACUAUUAUUGUAGAAAAACUACAAAAAACUCUUCUCAAUGAUGGUUAUAAUAAAAAUGUUAUUGAAAAGUUUUUACAGCGUUUAUUACUUAACAAUGAUAAUGAUGAUGAUGAUAAUGAUAUAUUUCUAUUUCAAAUGGAAGAAAAUAAAACGAUUAAAAUACUUUAUGAUGAAUUUAAAAUUUUUAAUAAUCAAUAUGAAAAAUUAGCACAAGAUUGGCAAAAAACAGAUAUGAAUACUCGUGAAAUGAUUCUUGUAAAUACAGUUGAUAUUGAACAAUCAUCAAUAAUGAAACAACAUUUAGAUAGUCUAGAUCAACGUGUAAAAAAAUUUGAAAAUCUCAUUCCUAAAGCACUUGAAAAUAUUGUCGAACUUUAUAUUAAUCGUUUUUCAACAGAUUAA